AUGAACGGUUCUUUUCCCGACUCUUAAUUCUGAACCUGUCUGUCCUUUCUCCCGCAGCUGAAGAGAUGGCGUUUGUGAAGAGUGGAUGGUUGCUUCGACAGAGUACCAUUUUGAAGCGCUGGAAGAAGAACUGGUUUGACCUGUGGUCCGACGGUCACCUGAUCUACUAUGAUGACCAGACCCGGCAGAGUAUAGAGGAUAAGGUCCACAUGCCGGUGGACUGCAUCAAUAUCCGCAUGGGGCAUGAGUGUCGGGACAUCCAGCCUCCAGAUGGGAAGCCCAAAGACUGUCUGCUGCAGAUCGUCUGCCGAGACGGGAGAACCAUCAGUCUCUGUGCGGAGAGCACAGACGAUUGCCUGGCAUGGAAGUUUACACUGCAGGAUUCCAGAACGAACACAGCUUACGUUGGCUCAGCAAUCCUGUCUGAAGAGACCGCAGUGGCCGCCUCGCCACCUCCCUACGCUGCCUACGCUACACCAACCCCUGAGGUCUAUGGCUACGGUCCCUACAGUGGCGCAUACCCAGCAGGAACUCAAGUCGUCUAUGCUGCCAAUGGGCAAGCGUAUGCUGUGCCCUACCAGUACCCAUACGCAGGAGUUUAUGGACAACAGCCUGCCAAUCAGGUCAUCAUCCGUGAGCGGUACCGAGACAAUGACAGUGACCUGGCCCUGGGCAUGCUUGCUGGGGCAGCCACAGGCAUGGCCCUGGGGUCUCUGUUCUGGGUCUUCUAGAGCCUUCAAGGUGUUUCGUGCAUCGCUUCUGUUAGUCCUGUGUGCAAUAAUUGAUUUGCAGGGCAUUUCUGUUUGUGACAAGUGUCUUUCGUAAUAAUUUAAAUAGUUCCUUUGAAGAUGGUAAUCUGAUGAUUGUGACUGGCCUGCAUGGUACCACACAGAAGGCCUUGAAGUAUGCUGUGAGUGAGAACCUGAGUUCUUCGGGGUACUGGCUUGCACCAAGUCUUUCUUAGGGAGCUCUUGGAUGACCUUAUGUAAACACACCCAUUUAAAAGGGCAUUUUCUGUUCAGUUAGAUGCAGUACUUAAUUAAAGGAUGACUUUCCCUGCUAUGCCAUUAAUAAUGCUGAUGGAGGAGGAUAUGAAUGAGUGUGGAAAGAAGAAUUCAACUUCUUUUACUUUUACUGUGAAAUCUCACUCUAGACCUGACUGUAUAUUACCCCGGAGCUGUGGGUUGGUAGCUCCUGCAGGGCCGUGGUGUGAGAACCCUGUGAUCCGCCUUCCGUAGCUCCCAGGCACCU